UCAAACUGUAUUUGCCUAUAUAGGCUACAUGUGUCAAUGUAAACUCUUCUACAGUAAUACAUUUGUGUCUGGUGGUCUUGUGGGGGUCUUGUGGGGGUCUUGCAGUAGUGAUGCAGUCUAUUUGGUCUGCCGCCCUGACUACUGGGCCCUCCGUUUCCACGUCAACACAUCUGCUGUGUGCUACUGCGCCUGCGCCCAUUCUAUUAAACCAAGAACGGACUGGGAUCAAGGGAAGAAGACAGAACGGGAAGAAGAAGAUCAGAGGAACCGAAACAACCUGCGAGAGUGAAAAACAGACCAAUAGCAAUCGUAAAAGUCACGGUUAUCCACCUUAAUUUUUGUUGGUAAAGGGUAGUGCUAUGAAAAUGAACCAGCGCAUGCACGGGAUGAUCUAUCUGGCGGUUCUGGUGGCGUUUGCCGCCUGUGACGCCCCUCCGGUACCGUUAGAUGACAUCGUGAUUGAGAAAACGUUUGUGCCGGAGCAGUGCGGGCGCGCUGUGAAAGUAGGGGACUAUGUCCGUUACCACUAUAACGGCAUGUUCCCCGAUGGAAAGAAGUUUGACUCCAGCUAUGACCGCGGUAGCACCUACAAUGUUUAUGUGGGUAAGAAGCAGCUGAUUGAAGGGAUGGACAGAGCUCUGGUAGGGAUGUGUGUCAACGAGAGACGCCUGGUCACCAUCCCCCCACAACUGGCCUAUGGGAAGGAAGGAUACGGUGAUGUCAUCCCUUCAGACGCAAUCCUCAAUUUUGACGUUCUGUUGUUGGAUGUGUGGAACGCUGACGACGGGGUUCAGAGUGAGACGUACUACACCCCUGAGAACUGCUCUAGGAAGGUAGAGGUGUCAGACUACGUACGAUACCACUACAACGGAACCUGCUGGACCGGAACACUGUUCGACUCCAGGUGUACUAAGAUCCCAGGUUCUGCUGUCUUGGUGUUUGAUAUCCAUAUCAUAGUCCACAACCCAUCAGACACAGUGGUGAUCACCACCAACUAUAAACCAGAGGUGUGUGAGACGCUGGCUAAGAAAGGAGACUUUGUUAAAUACCACUACAACGCUUCACUAAUGGAUGGAUCCUUCAUCGACUCCACGUAUAACUAUGGGAAGACAUAUAACAUUGUGCUGGGAGCCAACCAGGUGGUUCCUGGGAUGGAGGAAGGGCUGAAGGAGAUGUGUGUUGGAGAGAGAAGACACCUGGUCAUACCUCCUCACCUGGGCUACGGAGAGAGGGGAGUGGAUGGUGAGGUGCCGGCCAGUGCUGUCCUGGUCUUCGACAUCGAGAUGAUCGAGAUGGAGGCGGGCCUUCCUGACGGGUACAUGUUCAUCUGGAACGAGGAGGUAUCAGCUGACCUCUUCACUGAGAUGGACGCAGACAAGGACCUACAGGUGUUGGCCUCAGAGUUCUCAGACUAUAUCCUGCGUCAGGUGAACGAGGGUAAAGGUCGCCUUGCCCCUGGGUUUAACGCAAAUCUCAUCAUCGAGAACAUGUUCUCCAACCAGGACCGUAAUGGAGACGGAAAGAUCACUGAGGAGGAGUUCAAACUGAAGGCCGACGAGACACCACACGACGAGCUAUAAGACAGACUAGACCCCACAUGACGAGCUAUAAGACAGACUAGACCCCACACGAUGAGCUAUAAGACAGACCCCACACGACGAGCUAUAAGACAGACUAGACCCCACGCGACGAGCUAUAAGACAGACUAGACCCCACACGACGAGCUAUAAGACAGACUAGACCCCACACGACGAGCUAUAAGACAGACCCCACACGACGAGCUAUAAGACAGACUAGACCCCACACGACGAGCUAUAAGACAGACCCCACACGACGAGCUAUAAGACAGACUAGACCCCACGCGACGAGCUAUAAGACAGACUAGACCCCACACGACGAGCUAUAAGACAGACUAGACCCCACACGACGAGCUAUAAGAGAGAUGAGACCCCACACGACGAGCUAUAAGAGAGAUGAGACCCCACAUGAUGAUCUAUAAGAGAGAUGAGACCCCACACGACGAGCUAUAAGAGAGAUGAGACCCCACACGACGAGCUAUAAGACAGACUAGACCCCACACGACGAGCUAUAAGACAGACUAGACCCCACACGACGAGCUAUAAGACAGACCCCACACGACGAGCUAUAAGACAGACCCCACACGACGAGCUAUAAGACAGACCCCACACGACGAGCUAUAAGACAGACUAGACCCCACACGACGAGCUAUAAGACAGACCCCACACGACGAGCUAUAAGACAGACUAGACCCCACACGACGAGCUAUAAGACAGACCCCACACGACGAGCUAUAAGACAGACCCCACACGACGAGCUAUAAGACAGACUAGACCCCACACGACGAGCUAUAAGACAGACCCCACACGACGAGCUAUAAGACAGACUAGACCCCAUACGACGAGCUAUAAGACAGACCCCACACGACGAGCUAUAAGACAGACUAGACCCCACACGACGAGCUAUAAGACAGACCCCACACGACGAGCUAUAAGACAGACUAGACCCCACACGACGAGCUAUAAGACAGACCCCACACGACGAGCUAUAAGACAGACCCCACACGACGAGCUAUAAGACAGACUAGACCCCACACGACGAGCUAUAAGACAGACCCCACACGACGAGCUAUAAGACAGACCCCACACGACGAGCUAUAAGACAGACUAGACCCCACACGACGA